CGUGGAACUCAGUUGUACAUGCGCGUAUAAACAAACAAAUGCUUGACUGGAAAAUUUUGUUUCAAGACUGCUUCUUGGGAAAGGCGUAGAAAAGAGUCAUUGUUUUGCCGUGGUUGAAUUCUAAUAAUUAUCGUACCUUAUUCUGUGUAAUUCUGCUUACCUGUAUCUAAGUUAGUUUCCAAAAUGGCAUUCUAUGAAUUGCAGGCCAGUAAGAUUGAAGCAGAAGUGAUGAAAUAUCACAUAGACACACAGAGCUGGACCUCAAUGCAACCUCGUGAUGGUAUGAGCAUUGCAUACAGAAAAUCGCCUCAUUUUAAUGGUCACUUAUACAAAUUUGAAUGUGUAAUUGAUGCGCCAGAUGAUGCAAUAUAUGAUGUUAUGAGACCUCCAUUAAUCAGAGAAGAACGAUUGAGGUGGGACAAUAGUGUUAAAGAUUUCCAGUGCAUUCGUAAUAUAUCUGAUGAAAUGAUGAUCGGUAUAUUCAUAACACAUUCUGCUGGAAUGGGGAUGAUUUCUUCCAGAGAGUUUUUGGAUUUAUAUUACUUUAAAAAACAUAUACCUAGUGAUGAUGCUGAGUUCGACAGAAUCUCAUGGAUACUUGCUGGAAAUAUUGAAGUUGCGGAACGCCCCAUAACAUCCAAAUAUGUUCGUGCUCACAACCAUCCGACCGGUUAUGCAGUACGCAGAUACAAAAACAAUCCAAACAAAUCCAAUUUAUGUUUGUACAUCAACGUAGAUAUAGGCGGAAUGAUUCCUCGCUCUCUCAUUGAACGUUUUCUUCCUAGCCAGCAAGUUUUGUAUAUUGAAAGUGUGAAGAAGGAAGUUUUUAGACGACUUGGGAAAGCUGGCUAAACCAACGUUUUUAGCCUAGUAGACUGACAUACUUAUUUGAAAGUUAAUUUCAGACAAUCAAAAAAUCUCAACCUUAUCAUUAGGAUUUUUUAAUAUUGCAAUGCAUAACUGUACUGUAUUAACUUUCAAGUUUUACAAAAUACGAGUUAGAACAAGGUGUAGGCUACAUUAGAAAAUUUGUAGUAUGUGCGUGAAAUGCCAACAUCGAAUAAGCAGUUAUUUUAAUGGACUAUGCUAUUAUGCAAACCUGGUAUAUCUUAACAUGUUUUAUGUUUUUUAAAGAAGCCCUGAAUAUUUCUAUACAUUUCACAAUUUGACUCAAGUUUGCAUGAAAUAUGUUAGAUUAUCAACAAGUAUAAAUAACAUUCAUUCUUUCAUAUAGAACACUUCAAAAUGAUGAUCUAACCAAAGUAGCUUGCAGUUACAUCUUAUAUUAAUCUCUGGUACUUUGUGUUUACUGAUUUUUUAAUAAUUUUUAUAUAAUACUUAAGUUCGGAGAGUACAUUCCUUUGUAUACAUUUUUCGAUGAUAUUAUAUGAUUUUCAGCAGCAUUGGUUGUGAAAAUUUAUGCUUUUAAUUUUAUUUUGCCCAUACCUAAUUUUAUCAAUCUUCUCUUAGUGUUAUUUUGUUUCAACUUUUCAUAGUGCAUUUUGCAGUAUUCUUUGUUUUUCUCUUGGUGCUCUGAAAUAUUAUUGAAAGUGCAUAUAUAUAAGUGCAGUAACCUCAAUUUAUUCCUGAACAUUUUUUUCUAAGCACUUAGAGUGUAUACUCAUAUUUUAAUUGGAAAGUGUUACUAUAUUCAUGUAGUGUUGAUUUAUCUUACAUGCUUUGAGUGAACUUUUUUCGCAAUACAGCUCCAUAAGUCAUUUAUGAAUAUUAAUAUGAACCUAUACAUAUGAUAGGCACAGAAUCAUGACAUUGUGGCCAUCCUCUGCGCUUGUAACUACUAAAACAAUUAUCGUGUUAUGAAACAAGUAUAUGUCAGAAUACUGACAGUUUUUGUGUCAGGCAGGUUUGCUGAAGCAAUACAAAAUUAGCAUAAUUAUGUCAUAUGAAUUGUUUUUUUUUUCUACCUAUAGCAACCUGAAUAAUGCUUUAUUUACAUUAAUUUGGCCGUUAUCAGCUUCCAUAAUAUAUGUAGCUGUCUUUUGUGAUCCAGCGUGUAUAUUGUUGCAAAUGCCUCCAUGGUGGUUUGCUUUUUGUGCCUUAUAGUCUUAUGUUCCAGUAGCCUAUUCUUUGUUUUUAUUUGUGCUAAUGAUGCAAUUUCUGUUAAUGUAGAAUUAAUCAUUUAUGCAAGUUGAUACUAUUAUACGCUAAUCUUGUAUUAGGUGAGUCAUUGAAAUGAAAGCUUUAAAUAAAGUUAUUAAAAUUUUCAUUUGAAUUCCUUUAUCAAAAAUACAGCAUCUUGUAAAU